UUAUUAGUGUGAGCAAUGAACAUCACCAAUUUAUCAAUUACGGUAAAUUUAUUCAUGUCUCUAAUUCUCAACCAGCCCUCGGAGCUAUGCCUGAGGGCACCAGUGUUGGUAAGAUGCUCUCCUCUUCACUCUAAUAGCCUCUCAUCUGCAUCCUUGCCGCAAACGCAAACCCUUCCUAAAUUCAUCUACUGCGCUGAUCCUUGUAGACCACAACUCGCAAGAAUCAUGGUUAGGAGGGAUGGUGACAUGAUUCCUUUUGAUUUGGAUUCGCCUUAUGAUUUUAUGGAGGCACCGGAAUUGAUAGGAUCAACCAGUGGAUGGAUAACGUCUUUGGUGGACGGCAGGGUGUGUCUCUACACACACCGGGGGAAGCGUCCUGAUCAUGAAAGAAUUUGGUUACCUGCUCUUGAAAGUCUGCCUCUUUGCCAAGCCCAAGUGGUCACCAACGUGGCGAUGUCCUCAUCUUCUCCAGAGGAAGAGUACCGUGUUGUGGCUGUCAAGUUCUUGGGACCUCAACUCAGCAUAUGUCAACUCAUAAGUCGUAGACAUGCUCAAGUCGAAGUGGAGGGAAUCCACAUCAGAAUCUCAAACCCUUGUUUCUUCUCCUCCCCUGUCAUGUACUCUGAGAAAGAGGACAUGUUUCGCAUUGUCGGAUCUGGAGGCCACCUUGUUGGAUCAUGGGAUCUCCGCAAACACAAGGACACACCAAAGAUUCAGAGACUCCAAUUUCAAAACCUUCCGGAGCUGAGCAAGGCCAAACGGGAGCUUCUGUACUCGUGCAAGACCAGCGAACACUUGGUGGAGUCAAGAACCACCGGUGAAACUUUCAUGGUCAAAUGGUACAAAAGGACGUCCAAGACCAUAGAGAGAAUGGAAACAAAAGCUUUAAUGGUCUUCAAGAUAGACGAGGAAGGUAACGCUGUUUACACUCAAGAUAUUGGUGAUCUCUGCAUUUUCCUCACAAUGACUGAAUCUUUCUGUGUCCCUGCUUGCUCUGUUCGCCACAUGCGUCCUAGUCGCGUCAAAAUCAUGGAUGUCGACGAAAUCACUAUUGUCGAUCUGGCUGCUCAAAAGUGGAACUGAUAAGAAUAGUAGUUUGGAGUAUAAAGAGUCUUUUUAGUUUUAUAUGUUUAAGCUCUAUUGAGUGUGUGUUUUUUUUUUGUGUUGUGACUUUAUAAUGGAAAGCUAUCUAUGCAUUGUGCUUUGGUGAUUUUAACAAAAUAUUAGCGUCUCUAGAAUAUUCCCAAGAGUCUCUCCAAGUAGUGAUGCGAGCACCACUGCUUUUGUGCAUACGAUGAGAGUCUGAUGUGUUUUGCUUAUCCCUUGCUGAGGUUGUUCUUUAGAUGUUACAAGGCAUGUGUUUCAUGUUGUUGUUAGGAAUCUUUGAAAGCAAGAAAAAAAAGGAAAGGCUUGAGUGGGAGGAUAAGCACCAUUUGUAUAUUUCUGAAGCAGAACUGCAAAGUAUCAUCUCAUUCUGUGUUUUGUGCAAAACAGUUAAACAUUUAAAGAAGCCUACAGCAGACAUUUUCAGCUAUGUGAAACGAUAAAGUUGUACUUUUAUUAUUGUAAAAAAUUCAAAUGGUAGGACUAGUAGCAGAGGAGUUCACAAGUGUUCCAGAUAUGCCGUUUUAGCUAGUGCAAAAAUGUUUUAGCUGGUGAUGAUGAUUGUGAUUCGGUGAGUGAUGAAGAAGCAAGAAUAGUUAAGGUAUCGAAGGAGAAAGGUCGAAGCACAAGAAUCAUAAUCCACUUUGUGUCAUACCUUGUUGUUUGUUUAAAUUAGAGUGGAGAUUCACUAGCACAAGGUCAAAC